AUGCGGCACCAGCGGCAGGAGGGCGAAGUAGGGGAGAAACCGCGGAGAUGCCGCAGGAGAACGCGCGAGGAGCCACCGGUGGGUGGGGCGGACACGGAACCUCCCUCGGCGACGCCGUUGACGACGGCCCUGUUGUCCUCGAAGCUCCGGCGGGAGCUGCAGGACACUUGGAACCUCGCAAGGAUGCCAGGCACUCGUGCAGCUGAGCCCCUUGCGGAGGAACUGGGUGCGGAAAGGGCGGUUGACGUGCCCCCCUUCAAGGUGGGGACGAUGGAGAUGUACAGACGUUUUCCAAGGCAGUACGAUCUUUUUAUGCGUCGUCAUGACUGUCGUGCGGUGCACGAGUACCUUGGCAGCCUCGUGUCGAGCUUACAGCAGCCCCCCCGCUCCUCUGGUGCUGGAGAGGACAGCGCAGCAGCUGCAGAUGCGAAGCGGGUUGUGCGGGUGGCAGAUUUUGGUUGCGGUACAGGCCGUAUUGCCAGCAUGCUUUCUCGGCACCCCGCCGUCGGUGCGCUGUACUGCUACGAUAGCGAGACGCCGAUGCUGCGCGAAUGCCUGAAAAAUGUUGUCCGCUCCGUCGCUGAGGCGCGACGCGAGACUUGCGGGGUCUGCAUCUGCCCCCGUGCCACUGACCACGUUGCUGUUGAUAACCAUGAUAAUGAUAAUAGCGCCCUGGACACGAGUGCCGCCGCGGUGUGUGUGGGGAGCACCGGCGUGACUGCGCAGUCACCUGCUGCCGUGCUGCUGUGUGUGCGUCCCGUCAGCUUCGGGGAUGUGCAGCGUGGGUUUCUCUCCACGCACCCAUCCUGCCACCUUGUUGUCUGUGCGUGGUCGCUCUCCUACGUGAUGCGUGCGCAGUGGGGCGAGGACCGCUGGCACGCCGCCGUCGAUGCGACCCUCACGGCUCUCAUUGGGCUGCUUGACACCUCCGGGGCGGCGGCGCUCGUCAUCAUUGAGACGCUUGGAACGGACACCACGGAGCCGCGGCGGAACAACACCCUGCCGCAGCGCCUUGAGGCCCUGUAUGGCUUUGAGCGGCGGUGGGUGCGCACGGAUUACAACUUCCGCGACGUGGCGGAGGCGGUGAUGCUUACGCGGUUUUUCUUUGGCGAGUCGAUGGCACGUCGCAUGGCGGCGGAGGAACGCACCGCGCUGCCAGAGUGUACAGGCAUCUGGACACUUUGGAGGAAGUGA